UGAGUGAAGCCCACCCAGCGCUGGACCAGGGAUACGACUGUGAAGACCCUGAACACCCUCUGUUGGUCCAAUUUCUAAAUUACAAGGAUAUGGCCAAUUAUGACUCGUUGGAUGACAAGGAUUCUGUAGACUUUCAUGACAAUCCUCCCCUCCCUGACAAUGUGGUGAAAGAGGAAGACAACACGGUGUACUUUAUCUACGAUGAAGAGGUGGAGGAAGAGGAGAAGGAGGAGCUGCCCCCUCCCGAGCCCCCUAAGCCUGUCAACGACAAACCACACAAGUUCAAGGACCACUACUGCAAGAAGCCCAAGUUCUGUGACGUCUGUGCACGAAUGAUAGUCUUGAAUAAUAAGUUUGCGUUGCGAUGCAAGAACUGCAAAACUAGCAUCCAUCACCAGUGUCAGUCCUAUGUAGAGUUCCAGAGAUGUUUUGGCAAAAUUCCUCCAGGUUUCAGAAGGGCCUACAGCUCCCCUCUGUACAGCAGUCAGCAGAACGCCACCGUCUCACAACUACUGCCAUUUUCACAGUCCAACCGCACAGAUCCUGUAUUUGAGACGCUGCGUAUUGGGGUGAUAAUGGCCAAUAAGGAGAGGAAGAAAGGCUCGGAAGACAAAAAGAAUAUGAUGAUGAUAAUGGAGGAUGAAGAUAACCAGCCAAAAGCAGAAGAGGGAGGUGAUGGAGCAAAUGUAGAUGGGGACAAAAGAGGAGACAAAGCGCCUUCUGAUGAUAAGAAUAAGAAGGUCCAGCCAGGAAAGAUCGGUGUGUUCAGCCAGUCUCACUACUACCUGGCUCUGUACCGCUUUAAAGCCAUAGAAAAAGACGACCUGGAUGUACAUCCUGGUGACCGCAUCACAGUAAUAGACGACUCUAAUGAAGAAUGGUGGAGGGGCAAGAGCGGAGAGAGGACGGGCUUCAUUCCAGCCAACUACAUCAUCCGGGUGCGGGCCGGGGAGCGAGUGUACAAAGUGAUGCGCUCCUUUGUGGGCAACCGAGAAAUGAGCCAAAUCACACUCAAGAAGGAUCAGAUCGUGGUGAAGAAGGGUGAAGAGGUGAACGGUUACCUAAAGGUCAGUACAGGACGAAAACUUGGCUUCUUUCCAGCCAAUCUGCUGCAAGAAAUCUAAAGCAGUGGCUCCAUGGACACAAAUACUUUUCCCAAUGCAGCAAUAACACUGUGUACAAUUACAUAUACUUCAUACUUUGUCCACUAUUGAC